AAACCGUAACCUCUACUACAGCACGACACGACAAAACAUUCUGCAGGCCAGAUCUGACUCAAAUAACUUUGCUCGUCCAGCAGCCUACUGAACAGCAAUCAUGGAUCCUUCCGACGAGCAGCACGAUGACGAUCUUUUUGCCGACCUCUACGGUGACGAUGAGCCGCCAAAGACGUCGCCUGGACCGUCAAAAGCAGUACCAGCAGUGACACCAACUAUUGCCCCUACUACACAAGCCGCUCCCAGCGUCGCCGCUCCGGAAUUAUUACCAUCCGUACCGACCACUGCAACCAACAUCGUCCCUGCCGCCGCCGCGCCUCCGAAAGCUGUGGAUCCCAGAGCGCCGCAGCCUCCGACGGAAGUGCAGACGGAGGAAAACCUGGAGGAAGACCAACAAUACGAUCAGUCACAGGCCUACGGCGGCUGGGAUGCCUCCAACAUGCCUCAACACCAGCAGCAACAACACCAGCAACAACACCAGCAGCAGCACCAGCAGCAGCACCAGCAACAACACCAGCAACAACAGGGACACAGUGGAGGAGAAGGCCCAAGUCAGGGUGGCUACGAUCAUCAGACAGGAAGCAAUAGCUACAGUGAUCAUGGGAACUCUGGUAGUCCAGCAAUCAAAGAGGAUGGCGGAAGACUAGGGCCCAACGCGCGGGCCGUCCACUGCCAGUUGGUUAGGAGCGUAAGAGGAUGAUGGUAUCAGGCGCUGUCUGGAGGAUACUUGCGAUGAUGGGCUGCAUGAUGGGCGUGCGGUCAAUGCCGACUGGGCUGUGGGUUCUUCGCUCCGAUAUACUAUAACCGCGCGCACACGACAGACGUCACAAGGAAAGACGAGAUCUAGCAAAGAAGGAAUAAGGCUAGGAGGUGUACUCUACUGCUCCGCCUUGUUGGAAAACUACCUAGCUAGCAGUAUCUAGCAGCCAUUGUUGGCAUAUACUGAUGGUAGUGUUUGUGUACGAAAAAAGACAAAUGGGAGAAUCAAUCAAUAUAUGGAUUGGGAGUUACAUGGUGUUCCACAAC